AUGGUAGUUGAAGUUACUAUUCAAUUUUGGAAAGUAAAAUAUAGAAAUCAAGAAUCUGAUCAUGAUUUUAAUGAUACAAUAUGUUCAAUUUUAUUGGGUUCCCUACAAGAAGUUUUUCAUUUCUUUAUGAAACCAAUGUUUUUUAUACCAUAUUUAUAUAUAUGGAAUAAUUUUAGAAUUUUGGAUGCAUCAACUACAAAUGUGUUAAGUUUCAUUUUAGGAUUUUUAGGAAUUGAUUUUUCAAUUUAUUGUUUUCAUCGUUUAGGACAUGAAUUUAAUUUUUUUUGGGCAUUACAUGUACCACAUCAUUCAUCAGAUUAUUAUAAUUUUUCAUCAGCAACUAGACAAAGUAUGUUUCAAUAUAUUUAUGUUUGGAUACAUUAUUUACCAAUGGCAUUUUUCGUUCAUCCAAUUCAUUAUUCAUUUCAUCAUCAUUGGAAUAGAAUCGUCCAAUUUUGGUUACAUACAAAUGUAUUGACUGGUUAUUGUGAAUGGAUUGAAUUUAUUUUUGUAACACCAAGAAUUCAUAGAGUUCAUCAUGCAAAGAAUCCACAAUAUAUUGAUAAAAAUUAUGGUGGAAUGUUAACGAUUUGGGAUAAACUAUUCGGUACAUUUCAAGUCGAACAUCCUGAUGUUAAAAUGGAAUUUGGUAUAACAGAAGAUGAUGAUAUCAACACUCAUUCAACUAUUUGGUUAAAUAUUCAUCAUUUCGUUUAUAUGUAUAAUCUAUCAAAAAGAUUAAAAGGUUUUUCAAAAUUAAAAGUUAUUUAUAAACCACCAAAUUGGUUACCAGAAGAUGAUUAUCCAAUUAUUAUUAAUAAUAAUAAUAAUAAUAUUAAAAAUGAUGAUAAUAAUGAUAAUAAUGAUAAUAAUGAUAAUAAUAAUAAUAAUAAUAAUAAUAAUAAUAAUAAUAAUAAUAAUAAUAAUAAUAAUAAUAAUAAUAAUAAUACUUUAAUUAAUAGUAAUGAAGAUAGUUGUAAUAAUAGUAGUGAUGAUAGUGAUAGUAAUUGUUGUGAUGAAAAUCAAAAAUUAUUAAAGAUUAUUAAAAAUAAUAACAAUAAUAAUAAUAAUAAUAAUAAUAAUAAUAAUAAUAAUAAUAAUAAUUUAGAAUCAUCAGAUUUAAUAAUUAAAAAACAAGUUUUAAUUGAAAAACUAAAUAUUGAAGAUAAAAAUCAAAAUCAAACAAUUUCAAAAAAAAGAAAAACUAAUGAUGUUUUUGGUGUUUUAAUGUGUGCAUAUUUAUUAAUGGAAGCAACAAAUAUUAGUAUUAUAUUAUCAAGUUUAGAGAAUUUUAAAUUUGUUUUCAAUGAUAAGGAUAUUUAUAAAGUUGCAAUUAUAAUAGUAUUCCAAAUUGGAUUUGUUGGUUCAAUUUUAUCAAAGAAUAAUAGUGAUCCAAUUUAUAUUAAUUCAAAAACAAUAACUAGAAAAUCUAAAAAAUAUUCAAUUUACAAUUUAAUUUCAUCACAACAAAUACAACCACAACCAUCAAUAUUAAUUAAUGAUUUAAAAAUUUCAUUCCUUGAAAGUAAUCCAAUAUUAUCAUUGGUUCAAAUGUUAAGAAUGGUAAUAACAACUAUUUUCUUUUAUGAUAUAAGUAUGACAAAUGUUUUUCCAAGUGUUCAAUUAUUCUUUGGUUUCCUUUUCAAAUUCACUUGUAUUCAAAUAGUUUCUUGGUUUGUUGCUGUUUUGUUUUCAUAUCAUAAAAAUAUUAUUAUCACUUCAGAAAAUUUAGAAAAUAAUAAUAAUAAUAAUAAUAAUAAUAAUAAUAAUAAUAAUAAUAAUAAUAAUAAUAAUAAUAAUAAUAAUAAUAAUAAUAAUAAUAAUAAUAUUCAAAUUAAAAAAGAAUAUAAAAUAAAUCAAUUAUCAGAUAGAGAAUCACUUAAAAAUCAUUAUAAAUAUCAAACUAAUCAAACAAUUGAAUAUUUAAAAUCCAAAAUUAAAUCUCAAAAAAAUGAAUAA